AUGUCUUUCCUCUCAUCUCUGCGCCCUGGCAUGCGCCUGGCCAACGCUGCCCAGACCGCUCGCGCCUUCAGCACCUCCCCCGCCCACUCCGUCGCCCGCCUCACCCUCACCGGUCGUCUCGGUGCCGAGCCCGAGCUCACCACUACCUCCACCGGCGCUGAGGUGAUCAAGUACAGCGUUGGAACCAGCCACGGUCCCCGUGAGAACCGCCAGACCAGCUGGUUCCGCGUCUCCAACUUCGCAAACGAAGGUCCCCAGCGUGACUAUCUUCUUAGCUUGCCGAAGGGAACCCUCGUGUUCGUAGAGGCCGAUGCCAGAAUCAACAACUGGGAAGACUCAGAGGGCAAGAACCGCUCUACAUUCAACAUCGUGCAGCGUAAGUCCACCGCACGCGCACGCAAUGAUAGACCACUGAUACUAACCGAACCAGGCACCCUCGAGGUCCUCAAGCGCGGAGAGAACCGUGACGCCGAGAACUAA